ACCAAAAAAGUCCCUGAAGUGCAGUCAGGUUGGGGAAGACAACUAAAACGUGGACUGCCGUUGAGUGGAUUACCUCCCCUCAUUGUUCAUUCAUGUGCGCACUCUGCCUCUUCAUUUGCUCUCUCUUGAGUCUACUCUUCGUUUGUGGAGGAACAGUCAGGACUAAACAGAGACAUCAACUUGAGUCACACAGGAUUCUGACAUUUUCGCUCUACUAACAUUUACCACCUUGGCAGGACUUGACAUCCGUUCUUGUGUUUCAAAAUAUCGCAAAAAGGCCGCUGAGCACCGACACCAAGACUUUACGGUUCCACCGGGAGGAGAACUACCAUCCGCGGGUCCCUGAAGACAUCUUCUAAAAGGAGGACCGACCGUGGUCGUCGUAGUCGCUCGUCUGGACUCUCGACGUUUGCUUCUCCUCUUCGUCUCGCUGCGUACGAAUCGUCGGCAGUCUCGACCCCGCGCGCCCUGACACCAGGAGACAGACAGCGUGGACAGGCAGCGCCACACCGGAAGUCUGGCAGGCCGAGACUCACUUCCUGGGCGUUGACACAGCGCGUGCAGCGGUCAGCCGAGUGUGACGACCUCGCCUGUCGUCUGCUUUAUCCCCGAGCGUCAACCUCCUGAACGCCAGGGUCCACCUUCCUGCGCCGGAAGUGACGUGUCGUUAGAAGAACAGAUAACCGAGGAACCGCAUGCUAGGAUUGUCGAACCUGAUGUAAAGAUGGUCGACGUGUCGGACAGGAUAAAAAAAAAAACUUUUUAUAAACACGUGACGUUGAUCUAUUGAUAGAUACCUCGGUGGUAUUUACAGAUACAUUGGUUUCCUGACAGAUAUUUUGCGGAACUACAGACCUUUUUGUUCCGAACAGUGAUGUCUAGAAUAUCACAAAAGGAAAAUUAAUUCAACUCCUAAAGAGUCAGAGGAAAGAAAGAAAAACCCGCGGCAUUAUCAAAACAGCAAUUUCUAGCAAAAAAGAAAAGAACUGCGAACUUGGUUGAUCCUGAACGAGUUGAAAAGAACUUUUUUUUUUGAGCGCGUGCUGUGCCAGUGUCGGACGGCACAAACGCACAACGUGGAGACUCCGACGAAUCCUCCCACCUCCUCCGUGUGUCCCCCCAACUUCACCCAAACAUCCCCAGCUCCCUCCCCCUCCCGUCUAACGGCGGAAAGCCAGCCUAGCGUCUAAUCCAACAGCAGAGUUCAUUAAUUUCCAGCCCCGGCCCGCUGCCGGCCGUCAGAAGACGCUGCUCGUCGCCAGUCCAUCGUUUAGCCGCGCGGCUGCUGCGUGCGUCCAGCUGCACACACGUCUGGACAGCCACUGCCUGACCGACCGACCGACCGACCGACCGGCCGGCCGCCAGUCGCGCACGCGCACACACGCUCUCUCGUUCUUACGUUCGCUCCUUCUCUCUCCCCACCUCGCUCUCUCAUCUGGACAGAAGUUUUGUCGGGUUGUGAAAGGGGCGAGCGCCGUACUCCAUCAUCGACGACAAUGAAUUUUUUUUAACAUUGGAUACACUAACAGGUGUUAGUGUAUUUUCUGUUUAACUCAUGUUUACUCACCUGCGAGGACUCGACCUCUUGUGUUUACCUUGACUAACUACAAGGGUCACCACGCCGAGUGGACCUGUACCUGAGACCAAGGUAGUGCAUACCUUCUGUCACUCCUAUGUCAACAAGCUUGACCACCUGGAUUGAUUAAAUAAAAAAAAAACAACAGAUUUUUCCUCUUCUGACAUUCUUCUAAAAUCGUCGAGGAUAUUGUUGACGAAGUGUUUUCCCACGACCUCAUCUUUUAUCUGCUUCGCGCAUGUGCAUGCAACAUGUCGCAAGAUGCGAUGCAAAUCGAUGGACCUUUAACAAAGCUGUGAGUUGGCGGCGGAUUCCUCAAUCACGUGGUUGUUGAAGACAAGAAGAAAAGCAACUCGGACACAGUUUCCAAGAACGGAAGGCGCGCGCUUCUGUGUGAGCGGCUGGGUGGACAAGUCACAUCCGCUCGGGAAACAGCGGAGGCGCGACUCGCAACCAAUCCUUUGAUCGUCGGCGAGGUUGCAAGGUUUUAAAGAUCGUGCUUGUCAUUGUUUCGCCGGCCUUAAUGAGUCAAUCUCGGUUUCUGUGUGGAAACAAGUUGCCGGGAUUUUGAUGACAAAAAACGAGGACGAGCGCAUCUCGCGAAAAGGAAUGGUCUCGAAAUUAUUUUUACAACGAGAUUCCAAUCUCAGCGUUCGGUACAAAUAUUUCAUCUCUAAAAUAAGCGGAGAAACAAAAUCUUAUUUAUAUUAAGCAAUAACUAGGAAUACAAUAUCAAACAGGUGAUGUUUCAGGUUUAAAAAAAACACUGGAGCAACAAGUGGAACUUCGGAAAUUCCGGAAUUCUAACCGAGUUGGCAGCGCCUAGGGAAGGACUCAUCCCACCUCCACCCCGAUGGUGUUCGCGAAGGAUUUUGAAAGAUCUUUGAACUAAUCCUCGCAAAAUUGCGAUGAUCAAGGCCUGCUAUAUCCGACUUCAAGUUUUACAGGAAAGUUAGGCUCGGAGGAGCUCAAGUCCGAGUGGAAAUGACAUUUGAGGGGAGACUGGUGUCCCGUGCGCGGCGCGUGCCAAGUUCUCGCUAAUCACAGGCAGGUGGGCAACGGGACGUCCUCUCCACGUAGGGACUACAACAGUGUGUCUGUGUGUGUGGACGGCGAGACAGAGAGACAAGACAAAAGCCAAGCGAGGAUGAGGGAGUACGUGUCGGAUCUCCGUAGGACGUCCAGCGUGCUGGUGGUCUUGGCGGCGCUGCUGUCCCAAGAUCCUCGCGCCACUCGCGUCAUGGGGGUCCGCCUGCGUGACGUCACCGGCCCGCACACGUCAGCGAGGGCUACGUCAUCAGUGACGUCGACGGCGGAGUUGCCGCUGCAGUUCAACACCACAGCAGAGCACGUGACCGUGAUUGAGGGCACACGUGCUGUCUUGCCAUGCUCCGUGGAGAACCUGGGCAACCAGAAGGUGAUUUGGGUCAACCCUCGAAAAAUCCUCAUCAGUCUGGAGGAUCGCCGGACGAUAGACGACCACCGCAUCAGCGUGGAGCGCUUCUACACCAAAGACUGGAAUCUGCUCAUCCGCCAGGUGCGCUACAACGACAGCGGCACGUAUGAAUGUCGGGUCAACACGCAACCCAAGCAGGUCAAGAAGGUCAUGUUGACGGUACAAGUUCCGCCGAUGAUAAUAUCGGAGGCGUCGUCUGACCGGGUAUCGCUGGAGGAGGGCGAGACGGCCACCCUCAUCUGCAACGUCACCGGCAUCCCCGUGCCGAACGUCACGUGGUACAAGCGCAACAACCGUAAAGCCAACGGCAAGAAAGAGAGAAUCGGAACAGAAGGCGAGGUCCUGGUCAUCCACAACGUGUCCCGGAUGUGCGACGAUGUUUACGAGUGUUUCGUGGACAACGGUGUUCCCCCGGCUGUCAGCAAAGCCAUCCGUGUCAUCGUCAACUAUGCACCGGAAGUGACGUUGCCCAGCAAGCGGAUCGGACAGUUUCUGAACCGGGAGACGAUCCUGGACUGCAACAUCUAUGCUCACCCGCAGGCGGUGACCGAGUGGCGGCGCAAUGGCCGAGCGCUGACCAAGUCCGACUCCAAGUACGACAUCGAAGUGUAUCGCAACGAGUGGGAGAACUCCGUCACCCUCAGCCUCCGCAUCAAGAACCUGGAGAAGACAGACUUCGGCAAGUACCAGUGUGUCGGCAGCAACUUUCUGGGCGAGGACCAGGAGGAGAUGACAUUGUAUGAGGUCUUCACAACAACGACCACGACAACUACAACGACCACCACGCCAACAACCACGACAGCCUACACCAACCCGUGGUACAGGGUAGCCACAAACAAAAGCGAGGGCUCGUGGCGUCAUCCGGGUAGGCCCGACACCCAGCCCACCCGAGAGGAUGACGAUGAAGAGACGGGCCCCAAGGAGAAGGCGCUGACCUCACCGGUCGAGAGCUCGCAGACAUCCAGAAAGAACGGCGAAGGCAGUGAGUGGUUGAAUCAGAGACCGGGUACAAAGUACCCCGUCAGCGGUGCACCCGGCGAGACCCAGCUCCUGAAUAUUCCCUUCCUCGCUUUGACAUCACUGAUGACAAUACUACUUGUGGCAGGAGUCUGACAUCAGCAUCAACUCACCUGUGAAAUACUGUUGGAAGUGUGUGAUGGUGACGAGGGUGGACGCUCGGAGUGAACAGGCGAGGGUCAGAGGUCACAACAGAAUCGUUCUCAGCGAACGUGAGCAGGGCUCAGUCAUGAAGGCAAUAUUCCAGACUUGUUGUUCGUGUCAAACCAUUGUUGAAAAUUAGUACAGAACAGGUCUUCUGCUUUUGUUGUGUUUGUAAACUGAUUCUGGAUGAAGACAGGAACAAAUUAUUUCAUCGUUCAUUGUCAGGUAGUCGUCGGUGUGGUCAGACUGUUGAAGACAAUAAUGCUCAUAAGACUUCAAUCGUUUACAUAGCAUCUGUAAUAUUAGGGCUCGUGCGAUGUAUUUAAUAAAAUAUAAAUAGUAAGCCUCUAAAAUUGUUGCUAGAUGAUAUUCUCCAGGCCACGUGCCCGUGCAACUGUGAAUUGUCAAAGAAGAUAAGAGAAAAAUAGAGAUUCGGCUUUUCGUUGAUGUUUGAAACUUGGCAGUUAGUGAAUUCUUGUUCAUCUUGAAAUCUCACAAUUUAAUCAUUUGAUAAUUUUAAGGAAAGGUUAAUGAAUGUGUGUAUGUUUUGUUUUUGUUGCAUGUUGGGUGUGACCGAGCUGUGGCGAUGUAAUCAGAGUUUCGUGAAUGAGAGAAGGAGGUAGCGAGUAGACCAGCAGCUUUCAUUUGUUAUCAUGCAUCUCGAUGUCUUGGUAAUCUGAUGUUAUUUUGUAACUUGUGAUAAACAGUACACUUUGCUUCUGACUGGGCGACCGGAAGUUGCGAGUGGUUGGAUUGCUUGAGUGUUACGUCCACGUGAAGAGCUGGUCACGUGAUUCUCAUGACCUAGGAGCUCGUCAGGCGAGACUUGUGACUUCCAGAGGAGAAACCUCACGGAGAAUCCUGUCCUGUGUGUUCUUGUGAGAAUCUGUGUCCUGCACUGUCCGAGGAGACAAGACAAUGAACAGCUGAUUCUCAAGUCACGUGUUCCGGAAGUGGGGGAAAGUUUCGCUGACCAGCAUGCAACGCGUUACUUGGCGAGGAAAGUCGCGACCUUUGUCGCAAAUAUCGUCCGUUGCUUGGUUACAGUCUUGCUGUGACUGUACGGACGGAGAAGAUUCCAGUCGAGAGACUCAGUCGUUAGUUUUUGUGACACCGCUGACACAGGUGUCACUGCGCAUGACACCGCUGAUACAAGUGUCACUGCGCAUGACACCGCUGAAACCGUCUGAAAACCGUGUAAUAUUCAAGUGUCGGUAUAACUGCAACCUCAGAUGUCAGGGUUCAUAGUGCUGUGUGAUGUGUGAUGAUGUGAUAUGAGCUUUAAUCUUCUAUCAAUCUUCUUGAAAUGUGUUGGACCUACCAGCAUCCAAGGGCAAAGGUCACGCUGUCAGACGGCAUCUUUUGACACCGCGUCACUAUAACCGACUUCCAAAUGGUUCUCGUUAUUAUCAGCAUUAGACACUCGUACCCAAGCUUCUACCAAAUGCCAUGUUCCAACCUGUUGAACACCACAACACUGAGGAGCAGUACUUUGAAUCGUUCCACCAACGCAGAAAGAUGCGUGGGGGUCAGAGGUCACCCUGCAGAACGUGGGCGAACUCUGUGCCCUCGAACUUUCACUCGUUUCAGGCUCGUACAGUCACCUAGUGACGAGUUUGAGAGAUGUGAUUCGUCUUUAUUCCUCUGUAAUACAUCUUCCCGUCAGUGGAGGGUGAUGUUGCGCUGCCAUGACUACAGAACUGUAAAAUCAUCGCCAUGUGCUUGUUUGAUAAUUAGUCACCGGGCGCAACAUGAAGCAUUGUGUGCAAACCAACAUCUUCUCGAUGGGACAUCAAGUAGUUGUGGAAGGUCUCUGUUCUAGGAGUGGAAUCAAAACACUUGAGAGAAAUCUUCUGAGUAGGUGUGGAGACUCAAAACACUUCCAAACACCUGUAAAAAGUUGCAAUAUGGGCAUUGAACAUAAAACCGGGAUAAAAUCACUGUGGUGUGUACUGGGAUGGUAAACAUAAACAAAUCAGUCGUCUUGCUGGGUUGUGGGACCCCAGAUACCCUACAUCUCCAUAGUAGGUAGGGGGACAUGGAGGAGAGGGGAGGGGACAACUGCGGAAUCGUUUUUUGACUCGAGGACAUUAAUCUCUCUUUCAUUCGGGUUCUCCAUCAGUAUCUUGAGACCAGCAUUUUGAAUUCAGCCCUGUUCGUUAGACAUAGAAACUAAAACACAGUUCCACCGACUAGAUUUUUCUUUCAACCUCUGAUCGGUUGUUCUGUCUCUCUAGUCGUCGUGCAGUGAUUGGUCUUUGCUCCAGAAAUUCCACACAAGGGGGACAAUAUUCAUCUUCACGAAUCUGGUGGUGCUUCACAAAUUUACUGAUAAUGUUCUCAUUUCAUGUAAACAUUUCUUGAACGAGUGCAUUUUAAUUUGCUGCGAUACAUGUUGGUAGGAAGCGAAUGGUGAAAACAUGGUUGACAGUUCAUUGUUGACCUUUGACACACUGUAAGUAAAUCAAACAUCUCAACGUGUGGCAAAUGUCUUCUAUUUUUAUGUACAAUCACCUGCAUUUCGAGUAAAGAAAACAGUUUUAUUAAGUUUUUUCCUAUGACUAUCACUUCCAUAGCGCUUUGACAAUAAAACAUGAAAUGUUUUUUCACAUUACAGUAUUUAUUGCUAAUAAUAAUAAUUCAUGAAUUACAUCUUUAUAUUGUUUCAGUUUGUUACAUUCAGUCUCUUGGUUCCUGCAUCUCUCUCUGUCUGUAUCUAGUGAUUGUAGUCUUCACUGUGUCCACGCUGUGGCUCAUUCAUUCUGCAAGUUGUUGAGGUGUUUGCGACUCAUUAUUAAUGAUAAACACUUAGAAAUGAUAUUGUUGUUUGGUUUGUUGUGAGCGAUACAGAUGCUACUGAUGCAGACCUCAUUACAUUUCACUUUGUUGUGGCUUUGGGAUGUCAUGUUCAGACGAAGACUCGUUCGUUAAACACUUUGCAUGAGAUUGUCUAAGAAAGCUGUUUGUCCAUUUCACAACUUUUACAGUUUAGUGGCUGUUUUCCAAAGUUUAUAUCAAGCAGAUUUUAAAUAUUUUUCAGCAUCACUAAAAUAAAUGUGUACUUACAAUGGGUCGACUCGGGUAAAUUGUUUUAUUAACUACAUCCGGGUUUUAAUUUUUAGUUGUCUUCUCAGAAAGAAAAGCGAUUCCAAAUCCUGUUGCUAUUAUUGUUAAGUAUUGCCUCUGUGUUAAAACAAUUCAUCAUAGAUAAUGAGUUUAUUUUUAUUUGCCUGAAGCUGAUCUCGUUUAACUGACUUUUCAUGGCGAAAGUUUGUGCGUCUCCUCCGACAUUGUGAUGUUUUAUCACAACAGAGAAAAACUCUCAUUAACAUUGAAUGCACCCAAAACAGCUUUAUGAGCCAUCACCGGUUUCCAAGGUAACCAUUUCAGCAUCUUGUAGUCAAAGCCAAGAUGGUGUGGGAAAUAUUUUGUUCAUUGAAACCAUGAAGAUAUUUAAAUUCUAUGGCAGGUCAUCAUGUCCACACCUUGAAACAGAUCGUCCAGGUCACUUCGGUCACACGUGCGAGGUUUUCAACCAAAUCCUCCAGUGUUGCCCUGACAUGACAGCAGUGCCGGGUAGCAGUUCCAGACAAAAAUAUUAAUGGUCUCCAGUUUUCAGUACCGGCGACCAUAAUAGAAGCAAGAAUGUUGUCAACAUCUAUCCCACCUGAGGUGAUAAGCCCUCCUUCCUCCUCCUCCCUAAAGACCUAGAGAAGGGAGUGUGUCGGCACCAGUCCUCGGAGAUAUUUAUUUGUCUGACAACCAUUGUUAGUUCUUAUGCAAGAAUUUCUAGAUUAUUAAAAAAGGGUUUACACAAGUCUUUUUUAACCUUUUGAAAAUAAUAAUAAUUGUCACCUUUCGUAUUUAUCCCCGAUGGUGGGCUUUCUGUAUGAUUUCUUCUUCGUAUUUAUUUAUUUGUUUAUUUUGCAUUACGACCACCUGACCUGUUCUCCGUCUUCAAGCGUAAGUUGAAAGGUCGUUGUGAAGAUGCCAACCGCCAGUUAAUGUUUUGUUUUACUUUUAGAAUGACCCCAGAUGACAGAGGUGAAUGACACCUGGUGACAGUCCGGGCAGUCAGUUCACUGAUCUUGUCCCUGUUAGAAAAGUGUGUAAGUGGCUGUGCCCUGGGUUCGUUUCUCGCUGUGACUUGAAUUACAAAAUGUGUGGGAGGUUGCAUGUCUGUAUGUCUGUGCGUUUGUUUGUUUGUUUGUUUGUUUGUUUGUUUGUUUGUUUGUUUGUUAAUGAUUCAUUUCCCCCCGCUUCGUAUGUGAUAUUUUGGCUGUGCUACAUUUUUACCGCUUCAGUAAAUUAUCACAGUGUGCAUUCGUUUAGCUUGAUACCAAGACAUCCAGUGGGUAGCCAGGAUUCCACGGAAAAUAUUUAGGAAACAUCAAGAUUUUCUCUCUUUCUUUCUCUUUUUCCAUCCUCCAUGCAUGACAAUGUAUAUUUGAAGAAAAACGGAGACAGCAAAGAAUUUGUGAUGUUGAAACAUUUUGGGAUAUUAUCUACAGUCAUUUAACGAUGUUCUUACCUGGAUACAUAUCAAGCAUCCUUGAUACAACACAAUUAUGACCGGGUAUAAAGAAGUACCUCCGGAUGUAAAGAAAAUAUUUCCACAGAAGCUUACAUUGAGUUCAGAAAGUUUUCAAGCAGUUGUUACCGUUUGUAUGAUGUUUCCGACAGGUACAUAGUGAUGUGGAUGACCUGCGACUGUUUAGAGAAUCAUACCUUCUUAUACCAGUUGGUUUUUUUAGAAAUUCGUUAUCUUGAAUGCUAUCAGCUUUACUUUUUUAUUUCUUGUUUUAUGUAGAACACAAUUCAGUGAUGUAUUUAACUACUCUUGUCAAUAAAGUCGUUUCGGAAAAGAAA